AUGCCUCGCAUCUGGAUGGACUAUUGUGAGUUGAUGACACAGCAACGCUACAUAACCGCCACUAGACGUAUCUUCGACAGAGCCUUACGUGCUCUUCCAAUCACGCAACAUGAUCGAAUAUGGCCGUUGUAUAUCAAAUUUGUCACAAGUCAUGCGAUUCCUGAGACAACGAUACGUGUUUAUAGAAGAUAUUUGAAACUUUUACCAAAGAAUCGCGAAGACUUUGUGGAGUAUUUGCGUGAAAUCGAUCGGUUGGACGAUGCCGCACAACAGUUGGCGAUUUUGGUUAAUGACGAUAAACUUGUUUCAGAACAUGGCAAGACAACACAUCAGUUAUGGACUGAGUUAUGUGAACUGAUUUCGAAAAACCCAAAUAAAGUGCAUUCGUUAAAUGUGGAUUCGAUCAUCAGACAAGGCAUACAGAGAUACAGUGAUCAAGUGGGUAUUUUGUGGUGUUCAUUGGCUGAAUAUUACAUUCGUGGUGGACAUUUUGAGAAGGCUCGUGAUGUUUACGAAGAGGCGAUUGUGUCGGUGAAAACAGUGCGAGACUUCACGCAAAUUUUUGACGCAUACGCGAAUUUCGCUGAGCGCUCAACUGCGGCAAAAAUGGAUGAGAUUAAUAAGUCGGAGACGAUGAAUCAAAAGGAGCGUGAACUGGAGCUGGAGCUAUUGUUUGCAAGAUUCGAACAUUUAAUGGAUCGUCGUCCAUUGCUUUUGAACAGUGUUUUGUUGCGACAGAAUCCGCACAAUGCUCACGAAUGGUUGAAUCGUGUUCAAUUGUAUGAAGGCAAUAAACAGAAGCAAAUUGAAACGUACGAAGAAGCCGUACGCACAAUUCAACCGAAACUGCAAACUGGAAAAUUAUCGAAUGUUUGGAUUGGUUUCGCGAAAUUCUACGAGGAACACAAACAAUUGAAUGAGGUUCGUUGAGAACCGCAAAGAGCUCGAAAGUUGAUGCAGCGAGCGACAGCAGCUCCACCCAGAAGAAGUCACUACUUCGAUGAAUCUGAGCCAGUUCAGUAUCGAGUCUACAAAUCACUUAAGGUUUGGUCUCUGUAUGCGGACAUAGAGGAGGCGUUC